GAAUUCCAUCCACUGCUCUCAGGAAUGGCUUCAGGGAAAGAUACUUAUCCUCCUUUGCCUAAACUCAGUAACAACUGCUCUGAUGAGAGUCCCUACAAAUCUGCUAAUAAGUAUGAGGAGAUUCAUUUGCCACGAUUUUCAUUAAAACAAGGGAUGAUCCCAAGACGUUAUGUUAUGCCUUGGAAAGAAAACAUGAUAUUCAGGAAUGUGAAUCUGAAGCGAGCAGAAGUGUGUGGAAUCCAUACUGGCCCUUUAGAAGACUCUCUGUUUUUGAAUCACAGUGAAAGGCUUUGCCAUGGGGAAGAUCGCAAAGUUGUCUUGCAAAAAGGCCCACCAGAAAUAAAAAUUGCAGAUAUGCCUUUGCAUUCGCCUCUCUCCAGAUACCAAAGCACUGUGAUUUCCCAUGGCUUCAGGAGGCGACUGGUCUGAUGAAAGAAGAAUAAUAAAGUGUUUCAAUCUC